AUGGAUCAGGUUCAGGAGCCGACCCAGAGUCCAGUGACUGUCAGUGGUGAUGAGUGGGACACUGACCUAGAGACAGAAACCGAUAAUCAGCACCAGAGUUUGUCUCCUGCUGAGCUGUACCUGCAGGCCUGCCGGCAGACAGGGGCCGUCCCAGUUUCAUCCUUUCUCAACCUGGCUGAAGCAGAUCUCAAUCUGAACCACUAUGGUGUGGGACCUCAGGGGGCCAAAGCUCUGGCCAUAGUCUUGCAAACUGACAAAACCAUCACGCAUCUCGAGCUAGAGGACAACAAUCUUCAUGCAGAGGGUGCACGUUACCUAAUGGAGAUGCUUCAAAUAAACAUGACCAUUCAGAGUAUUAAUCUUUCCAACAACCAGCUGUACCACGAAGGAGCGGAAAUCAUUUCCAAAAUGCUGUUGGACAAUUACUACAUCAAGUCCAUCAAACUAUCAAGAAAUCAUUUUGAUGACUCUGCUGCUAAAUAUUUUGCGGAUGCUUUAAAGGGUGACUACGUGGUGAAGGAGCUGGACCUCAGUCACAACAUGUUCUGUGUCAUAGGAGGAGUUCACCUCGGUCAGAUGUUGGCCACAAACGUAGGUAUUGAAGUCCUAAACCUGAGCUGGAAUCACCUUUGUGCGGGCGGUGCAGUGGCUUUAAGUGCUGGCCUGAAGCAAAACUCAACUCUGAAGAAGCUCCAGCUGUCAUGGAACGGUUUUGGACAGGUUGAGGCAGAGUCACUGGGUCAGGCGCUAAAACACAACCACACGCUGGUGCUGCUGGACCUCAGCAGUAACCGUUUAGACGAUAAGGCUGUGAUGCUGCUCUGCCAGGGCCUCGCCACCAAUGACACCCUCAGGGUCCUCAAGCUCUCCCAUAACCUCCUGACCAAUACCGGAGCUCUUACGCUGCUGAAGACGAUGAAAAACAACAUGGAAUCAGCAGUGGAGGAGAUUGAUAUUUCUACUGUUUUUGUGAAUGAAGACUUUUUGGAGCUGCUGGAAGCGGCCCAUCAAAGACGCCCUGCUCUAGAUGUUCGGUUCAUCGUCAUGAACUCUGUCACCAGGAACUUAUCGGCCCUCCAGAUCUUUCAGAAAUUCUCUGAAGCACAAAAUGAGAGCGUCACAGACUUCUUCCAGGCCUUAGAUAAAGACGGAGCCAAGACUAUCUCUACGUCCACCUUUAGAAAGGCUGUGAAGGAAGCUAAUGUACCUCUGGAUCAGAGACAGCUUGAGUGGUUGAUAAGGAAGUUUGAUAAAGACUGCACAGCCACCAUCCUCUACAGUUCUUUGCUCAUCCCUGUCCUGUCCCAGUUCUGUCCCAGUUCUGUCCCGUGUGAAUACUUGAACCCCUGA